AUGAGGAGUAAGAGAGGUGAUUGGAGAGACAGAAGUGCCAGGGGAGGUCAUAGUAGUGCACUUGACUGCAGGAGGAUCGGUGCGGAGUCGGGUGAGAUCGACAAAAGUGGUAUAUUAACCACCCCGAGCACGAGUGAUGGCAGGGCACUCAAGAGCAAACCCAUUCUCUUGCAAAUUGGUUUGAGCAACGAUGGAGUCAGAGAGCCCGGGACAGAUGUAGCUGAGGCCAAGGUGAGGAAGGAUACCACGUUGAAGAAGAACAAUCUAAGUAUUAUCCGCGAGGUGCAGCGCAAGGUGCAGAGGAAAUUUACCAUGUUCGAUUUUGGUAAGAAGAGGUGUGAGAGUGGUAUUGACAAGAUUGACAGAGGCGCCAGUAUAAAUUAG